AUGACUAGUACACCAGUUUCUUGUAGACGAGCCUCCUUCGCACGCGUGAUGCGGUCUAUAGCCGAGCGGACGCGCAUCGAGUCGGCGCUGACCCUACGCUGGCAGGCGUCGGCGCUUGACUGCCUUCAGGAGGCUGCCGAGGCCUUCCUCGUGGACCUCUUCUCGAACGUGGCAAUGGCGGCUGCCCACGCGAACCACGUCACCGUGAAGCUUGAGGAUCUCCAUCUUGAGGCCACCGAGGCCUUCCUCGUGGACUUCUUCUCGCACGCGGCGUUAGGCACGGCAGCGGGUCUGGCAGUCUACGUAACUCGAACAAGACGACCAGAAUGA